GUUACCAAAAAUAAUAAUUGUUCCGGAUUAUGACUUGCAAAAGAUCCAAAAACAUCAUUGUCAUUUGGGGGUAUAAAUUGUCGUCCAAAUGAGAUCGAUUCAUCAUUGACAAGUACUUCGUUCUGUCUGAAACAACCAAUCUUAAAUUCAUCAUGAAAUUCUUUUUGUGUCUCGCCCUUUGCUUCGCUGCUGCCCAAGCUGGACUUGUUGGAGUACAAAAUGCCUUCGCUUACUCUUCUCCCUACAGCACUUACUCAGCUCCUUACACCACUUACUCAGCCGCUGUAGCUCCAGCACCAGCACUCUACAAUGCUCCCUUGGCCUACUCCGCUUAUCCUUCCGUAUAUAGCGCAGGAUUGACCGCACCAACUGUGUACAGCACCGCUGGUCUUGGAGUUGCUAGUCCUCUUGUAAGAUCUGCUUAUGCUGCUCCAACUGUCUACUCUGCUGCUCCAAGUGUCUACUCUGCUGCUCCAGUUUUGACAAAUACUUUGUUGAAGAAGUAAAGAGUCGACGAACGGAUUUGGACUAUGUUGAAUAAAGAAUAUUUAAAAAUUUAACACUA